GAGCCACCCCAGCGGUACAGAGAGCUACGGCCUUGCUAGUUUCUCAAUCGCUAACUUCCUGCAUCUCCGGGAUAAAAAUCUGUUUGUUUUGGCAAGCCUGGAUUUGUCCUGGAGGAAAAACUGACCGUCGAAGGCGGGUCGACUCUUACGGUUACACCUCUGUGACCUGAACCGUUACAAAUCCUCUCCAUAAGGUCUCCUCCUGAGACUUGGACCGUAGCUGCUUGGUGGGUUGCGAACCACGGUUUUGAUGAGUUUGGGUGAUUAGUUUUUGAAGUUGCUAUUGUUUGUCUGUGGCGACACCCAGCUCCACCCCCCUCUGCAGAGGAAACAGAGAGCUGUAUCAAGUCGGACCACACUUCCUGCGCUUGUUGUCUUGGGAGGGGAGCUCAGGGGCAGCUAAGAAAGCACUGGGGAAAUGAGCUCUGUCAGACUGUUUAGUCGAGGGGCUGCUAUCACAGCCAGCCAGUCUGCCACAAGAGAGCUAGCGCAGUCAACUGGUGUGUCAGAGGGAGCGGCUAAAACUAGCCCUCCAGAGCUGCUCUGCUGACAGAGUUCCAGAGCAGAGGCGAGCUGGGCUGUAUGAGAGCAGAGGUUCGAAGGAGAUAUUUUGACCACCAUCAAGAGGCUGAGAAUGGCCGAAGCUGGAAGACUACAAAACUGGAUCUAUCUCUUUACUACCUUGGGGAUUGCUCUCUGUGUGACUGAGGCACGUUUCACCAUCAAUCAAAACUUUUUCAACUUUGACAAAGCUCUGGAAGCCUGUCUGCCUAAUGGCUUCCUGGCCAACAUGGCCAGUUUGGAAGAGGUGUACAAUAUCCUGGGGGUCAUCUCAGACACACUUCGACACAAUCCGAUAAAUAGUUUGACUCAGGAGUUCCACUUUUGGAUCGGCUUGAAGAGUGGCAGGGACAACUGUGUGGUGUCCGGUCAGCCCCUGAGGGGAUUCAAGUGGGUAGUAAACGUGAGUACUGACCCUGGGGUUGGGCAGUGGAGGAAGGAGCCCGAAGAGACUUGUACUGGGACACGUUGUGCCUUGCUGUCUGGGGAGUUCAAUGGGACAGACGUUGUGAAGUGGGGCUUGAUCUCCAGCUCCUGCAAGACGGAAUACCCCAUCGUCUGUAAAGAAGGGGAGGGUGGACCCCUGAAGGGACAAUGUCUCCCGGACAAAAUCCCUAACGCACGAUCACAGGUCAUUCAGUCAGAUGGAACUCUAAUGGUGGAGUGUUGGACCGGGGACAUUCACACACUGACAUGCUUUCCUCUCACUCACAGAUGGCAUAGCAGUGAUUUAUCCGUUGAUAUUGGGGACAUCUGUUCAUGUGAAGAAGGCUUAGUGAGGGACAAAUCUGGUAGCUGUGUAGAUGUUGACGAAUGCUUGACGAACACCUGUAAAAACGUGUGUGUCAAUACUCUAGGUUCAUACACGUGUCAUUGUUUCGACCAACUUGGAAACAUCCACAAUGAGGGUUCACCAUCAUGCAGUGGGCCAACAACUACCUCAGUCCCUCCAGAAGGAGUCACCAAGCCGCAUGUGACUCAGGUCAGCACCCCCACUCUUGACCUGACUAUCCCGGAGAGGCCGAGUCCCAGCUCCCCUCCGGCCUCUCCUGGGUCCCCAGCCUCCCCCACAGACGGCAGCAACGUGUUCAUCCCAGUACUGAUUGCGGUCAUGGGUCUGGUGGUACUGGUGGUGGUGGUCCUGGCAGUGGUCAAGUGUUGUCUCAGGUCCAGGAGCCGGAAGCUGGCCUUGAAGAAAUCAGAGCAGAUGGCCAUGAAGAGGGCUGAGGCCUCUAAACAGGCCGGCCUUAAUGGCCAAGACUCAAUGGAACACACCACUGAAAAGGAGGCCACAUAGUGAGGUGCGUGUCUGAUGAAUGAAGGUUUGGACGGUUGAACUCUCUCAACACUAUGACGUUAACUCUGCUUGUUUGCACUUACUGUGCCAGAGAUGCUGUCUUUGAAGAGACUGUGAGUAUGGUAAGGUCAUUGUUCAGUCUCUAACGAAUAGGAACACCAUGUCCUGUCUUUUCUUUCCUUUUUAUAGUGUUCUGUAGAAUGUUCUACUGUAUAUAAGUGUGUGCUAUUGAUUUUGUUUGUAUUUGAAAGAAAUCAUUUGAGAUAUCAAGUCCUGAUAUUGAAGAGCUUUAUGGGAUAUGCCCAUUCUCUAUUACACUGACCAAAGUAUUGCUAUAAAGCAGAUUUCGAGUGCAUUAAAAUAAACAAAAUAUGUAUUUCUUGCACUUUGAUUUUCUUGAACAAUAAAGUGGAUAUGAAUAGUA